AACAAAACCUACUCCGAGGCUCGUCGCUUUCUCGGAAGCGAUCGUUAUGAUCGUCCUCGGCCACCGUAGCAGCAGCACAACCAGUUUCUAAGUAUCAACACUGCGGCUGGUCGCUUCAGUGAGGCGCUCCUCGCUCGUCGGACGCAGAUGUUAGCAGCCUGUUUAUUGGCUUGAUAGACACUCCGAUGUUGGUAGAGUUUCUGCCCGACUCCUCACUCCCUCUUUGACGGUCCGGGCUAACCAUGGACUACCUGCUGCAGGUGAAAAUCGGAGCUUUGGUGGGCUUGUUGCUCCUGACUCUACUGUUUGGAUUCAUCCCCGCCAGAGUCAAAUGGUUCAGAGACACAAACGGGACAGAAGCCCACCGGAUAGUCCUGAGCCUGAUCAGCUGUUUCGCCGGCGGCGUUUUCCUCGCCGCGUGUCUGCUGGACAUCAUCCCGGAUUACCUGUCGGACAUCAGCGCAGAGCUCGACGCUCAGAAGUUGGAGACCAGCUUUCCCCUGCCGGAGUUCAUCAUGGCUGCUGGCUUCUUCACGGUCCUCAUCCUGGAGAAAAUGGUCCUCAGCUUCCGUCAGAUGAGGGGGGCCCACGGCGAAAGGGCGCCGCUGUUGUCAGAGAACGGCCACAGCCACAGCCACAGCGGGGCCGUCACGACGCCCGACCUGGAGAGCAGCGGGCACCACGUCCACGUCGACUUCCAGGCUCACUCCCCCUUUCGCUCCUUCAUGCUCUUCCUCUCUCUCUCCCUCCAUUCGGUUUUUGAGGGGCUUGCCAUCGGCCUCCAGAGCACAGACUCAAAGGUGUUGGAGAUCUGCAUCGCCAUCCUGGUCCACAAGAGCAUCAUAGUGUUCAGCCUGUCGGUGAAGCUGGUCCAGAGCGCCGUGCGGCCCUUCUGGAUCGCCGCGUACAUCGGCGUGUUCGCCCUCAUGUCCCCUCUGGGCAUCGCCAUCGGCAUCAGCGUGAUGGAGGCGCGGCUGGCGGCCGGCGCUCUGAUCCAGGCCGUGCUGGAGGGCCUGGCAGCGGGGACGUUCAUCUACAUCACCUUCAUGGAGAUCCUCCCGCACGAGCUCAACUCGGCCGGCAACCAGGUCCUCAAGGUGCUCUUCAUCCUGCUGGGCUUCACCAUCAUGGCCGCGCUGACGUUCCUGGGCUGAGCGUCUGCGAGGAUGCGGCCGGCGCCCUCUGUGCCUCCUGCUCCAGCUUCCACAAGCCCGUCGGUCACUUUAUCGCCAUUUUAAAACAAAUAUCGCCGCACUGUUACACUGAACUCUGGACACCUUUUUCCGGUGGGAAGGAACCUCCACAGCGCGCUCCUGUUUUCACGCCUGAAGUGUUAUGUUGCGUGUAAAUCGGAUGAUCUUUAUAUGUUGUUUUUAAGUUGAUUUUAUCCAGACAGGAACCACUGACAAAUGUACGAUAAAGACAAACACGGGUAGGCUUACGUUUUUUUUUUUGUUUUUUUAAAGCCUUCAGACACGCAUCAAGUCAGUGUUUUUUGUACCUUUUACAAUGUUAAGGAAGCAACUGGAAACAGAGUGCAGGGUGUGAGUGAGAUGUCCUCUAAGUCGCGUGUCUCGGUGCUUCUAUGCCUAUAAAAUGUUUACGUUUUUAUCUCUUAAUCAAAGAGGAAGUUUGAUAGCUCCCAGUUCCCAAAAAACAUUAAAUGCACUGUUUGUUGUUUUAUGUCACACUCCUUGUUUUUGGGUCAUUCUCCCUCUUGAAAACUUUCCUCUCAAUGACAAGCAUUUUAUUGCUUUUAGUAAACUUUAAAUUGUUCUUGCACUGACUUUAUUUUUUUUUUCUUCUGACAAACUAAUGUUGUGAUUCUUAAAUAUGAACCAAACGUGCUUUAAAAAAAAGUGACAGAUUCCAAAGUUUCAAUUCUGUAAAACCAGAGGAGCUGGUUUGUAGAUCAGGUUGUGAGACGUUGAACAGUAAAAGUUCAUGGACUGAAAACUAAAGAUCCGACGCACGUUGAUCAGAUCGUCGCCCUUAAAGCAAUCUCCUGGGCUCUAGCUGCGGUCUGUCGUCAUAAUUGCUGAUUUAGUUUGUCGUGUGUUGGUCUGGUUGUUUCCUCAUUGUGGUCAAUAUGCAGGAAAUAGAAAUCUGUGUUUUGAUUGUCAGCAAAAAUGUUGAUGACACCUAAAACUUUGCAGAUUAUUCAACUUUUUUGUUCUUUCUUUUGGCCGAUUUUCAUUUCAAGCAAGGGGCAUCCACAGCUUUCCUUUCUGUCUUUGUUUACCAAGUAUCACUGAUGCCUCCUUUUUUUUUUUUUUUUUUUUGCUUUGUAAAGCAUGAAAACCAGUAAAAGACAAAAACUGUGUAUGACUGACCGUUGAACGAAGAUUGUGCCUUAUCAUUGUUCAUCUUUUUUGAGAAGGUGACUUUGGUUUCUAACCCUGAUCAGAGUAAAGAAGAUUAUGACACUAAAA